CUUUCAGAAGAUGUAGUGGACAUCAUCUGUUUCAUGAUCACCAAUUACUUAUUCCAAGAAAGCUCUUCUCCAAGGGUGGGAUUUCUGAAGCUUUUCCUAUGUUUUUAAUGGAAGACUUCCUUGGGAAAAGCAGGUGGAAUAGCCAUAUGGCACAAUCCUUGCCUCAUCUGACCCACCCAAAAGCAAAGCAAUUAGGAAUCAGAUUGUCCACCAUUAAAUGGGAGCACUCGGGAUUACUGACAUGCUGUGUUACCCACUUUCUGUAACAACAAAUGGUAUCAUGUGACACAUUUUGCUUCUCUCAGCUAUUUGCUUACCAGCCCUAAUGGUUUCCUGUAAUCACGAGUCAUGUUCCUUUCUCAUGGAAGAAAAACCCAGUGCUUCUUAUACAGAUUUGGCAAUCCCUCAUUUCUCUACUGCACUAACGGUUUAAAAUGUCUGUUUGUUUAUUUCUUCUUUCAUUUGCAAUGUGAAUUGGAGAUUUGAGCUUUCCUUGAAUUUUGAGACCCAGGAAAGGUAGCAAGCCAGCCACAAAGACAUAUUCUCCCUGGCUCACAUUUAUUUCCCCCCUGUAGAUGAGGAGCCUUCCGCUUCUCAAGAAAUGCCGAGAUUUUGCAAAUCUUCAGUUAGGCCUCCCCUUUCCUACUGUGACCCAGAGUUCCUUUAUCCUGUGAAGAUAACAAAGGGGACUGCCCCUUCAGUAGGAGCCUCCCCUUGUGUAUCAUUAACAGAGAGAACAUUUUCAGGGAUUGCCAAACAAGAAAUCAGCAAUUGCACCUUGAGGCUUCUUACCCUUCACUACAUUUCUGUCAGUGCCACUUUGCUGAUCCUGCAGGAUAAAAUCAUCCUACCAUAGAAGACUGCGGUUCGGUGCAGAGCGCUGUGCCUCCCAAAUGUUGUGCAGAACUGCCCAAGCAUUUAUCACAGCAGCUGCACAUUUCUCUGUGCAACUGGCAGAUGUGCUCUCAGCAUUGCCAACGUGCCUUUAGCCUCCCUAAUGGAUGUGCCACAGUGUUAUGACAGUGAUUGACGACACAAUUACAAUUUUGCUUUCACCUGCCAAGAGUGCCAUAAGAAAGGCUUCACAAUCCCUCUGAGGUGAGAGAUGUACAUGUGAUUGAAAAUCCAUUGCUUGCAUAGGGGAUGAGGAAGUUAUCCUGAAGACUAACUCCCCCCAUGAUGUGUCUUUCCAGAAGAAUGGGAAGCCUUGCUACUCUACUUCUUUGGACAUCAUAUCCAUCUGUUUUGUUCUCCCUUAUGCAUGUUGCAGUGUAGUUUCAAGGUGAUUUGUCACUGCUUUUUUCUGAUUUUCUAAUAUGCAAAGGUAUAAAGCCUCUUUUUAAAAUGUUGACAAUUCAGUUCUUGGUAUUUCCCGCCAGAUGGCACCAUCUCAUACAUUUAUUUUAAUUGCUCAGUAAAUACAUCAGUGUAUUUACUGAGCACACUUCCCUUCCAGACAGAUUGGAUUACAAUUACUGCAAUUUCCAAACAGGAUUGGAAUUGGGCAUGUUGGCUAAGAACUAUGAAGAGACUGAUGAAGACACCUGGAUCUCAUUAGAAUAAGAAAGGCCGGCAGAUGCACUUUUGCAAUGACUUUGAAGUCUUAAAUAGUACCAAAGGCAAACUCAGUUUCCAACCUAGAAUUGAAAGAAUUUUGCCCUAGGGCCUAGGGCCUUUUGUCACUUGCACCAAUGUCAGCAUGAACAUGUCUCAGCAACCUCUUUUUUUCUGCUCUGUCCCCAUGACAUGCCUUCAUCUCAUCCUCAAUUUAUGCCUCAGGAUACAACUGCUGCUUGGAUUUCAAUAUUGCAUUGCUGAGCAAGCCACUUUCUCUACCCAAUUUGAUUACGCCAAGGAUUUUAGUCAGUGCAAAAUGCAGUUAUCCUCAAGCAAAGCAAAUGGUCUUCCUCAAGAUUCAAUUGAAAAAGGAAGAAAUUUCAAGAUCAUUACUGAAAUAGUACAGAAUAAUGAUGAAUUCACUUGGUCUCAGAUUUAUCCAGGAGGGCAUACCUUGACUAAUACGUUCGUUAUUGGCAAGGAAUCAGAAAUGGAGACAGUAGGAGGCAAAAAAUUCAAGGCAAUAGUUAGAAAAGAAAAUGGCAAAGUGACUGCUGACUUCCCAAACUACCACUAUACUGCAGAAAUCGCUGGGGAUAAACUUAUUGAGGUUUCUACAGUUGGUGAUAUAACCUUCAAAAGAAUCAGUAAGAAGCUGUCAUAAGAGAUUACUUGGAGAAGAAAUAAUCCAGUCCUUAGCCAUAUUGGAAAAUGAACAAAGUUAUAUAAAGUGAUAAAUCUUCCUCUAAGUCUGCUUUUUGCUUUGCAAACAAAUAAAAUACAUCUUUUAUUA